GAGACACCUUUACCUUUUUGACUCUUCUGCGCGUGGUUGCGUUACUGUGUUAGAGAGAGAGCGCGCGAGAGAAGAGAGAAGAGAGAAAGAGCGAAAGAGCGAAAGAGAGAGAGAGAUGUCGUACUUGCUGCCGCAUCUUCACUCUGGAUGGGCCGUCGAUCAGGCAAUCCUCACCGAAGAAGAACGCCUUGUGGUCAUUCGUUUCGGUCAUGACUGGGACGAGACCUGUAUGCAGAUGGAUGAGGUGUUGGCCUCAGUUGCUGAGACGAUCAAGAACUUUGCAGUAAUAUACCUUGUGGAUAUCACUGAGGUUCCUGAUUUCAACACAAUGUACGAGCUGUAUGAUCCUUCCACUGUCAUGUUCUUCUUUAGGAACAAGCACAUAAUGAUUGAUCUUGGUACUGGUAACAACAAUAAGAUAAACUGGGCACUCAAGGAUAAGCAAGAGUUCAUCAAUAUCAUUGAAACAGUCUAUCGUGGAGCAAGGAAAGGACGUGGUUUAGUCAUUGCACCUAAGGACUAUUCAACCAAAUAUCGCUACUAAGACGUCUCGAAAAUGUGUACUCUAUGACAUUAUUCGCUCGUGAAAAGGAUAUGGUUUAUUUUGGAUGUCAUUGUGUGCCAUGACUUCUCAAAACAUUUGAUCACUGUUGGACCUCUGAUGAGGGAAUAUAACUGUUUAUGGUAACAAGUCUUUGAUCAGGUAUGUUUUGGUUGAAUAAGUUGUUUUCCGAUCUAUUGAUGAUGUUGUUUGAUUACAA